AAAAGGCAAAAAUCGAAAACACAGCUCAGUUGAUAGUUGGUCCGAUAUUGUUCCGUAGUUUAGUUUUCAAAAAUGGCUUCCGGGUUUACAGAAGAAAUUGUGAAAGAUUUUAUCAUCAAAAAUGGAUGUAAAGUGACAAAUCACGAACUUGUUACUAAGUUUAAAACAUUUUUGAAUGAUCCAGAAUACAAAGUUCAGAACAGAGAGAAAUUCAAAGAUUAUGUCAACACACUAGCAACAAUUAAAGUAGAUGAGAAAGGAGAGAAAGUUCUUGUUUUGAAGAAGAGAUAUAGACCUGACAAUGAGAAUCAGACUGAUAGAGCUAUGUCUGAACCUCAUGACAAACCUUCUGGAGAUGACUUUGAUGGAGGUGGGAUGUCAAAGGUCAAAAGUGAUGGUCACCUUAGUGUCAAGGACAAUAACUCUGAGACAUCAUCUUUAAGAGGAAGUAUGGAUACACUCUCUGCUUCAUCUCUAACAUCUUCUACAACUUCCCAGAAUUCCUCAGAUCCUCAGCAAAUGUCCAAAUCAAAAGAGGAUGUUAAUGAUUCCGUGAUCAGUGUCAAAGAUCGAGCCAAACAUUUGAACAAAAUACAGUCAGAAAGUGAUCUACAGCUGACUAGUGAACCCAACUUACGACGAAAGGAUAUCACCAGACAUACUCGAGACAAUAAAGAGAAUGAUGUAGAUGAUGAUUCACAUUCCUCUGGUGGAGGUUAUACUUCAUAUACACCAGAACAAAAAGAAUGGUUGGUUACAUGUUCUUCUGGAGAAUACCAUGAAAUACACAGAGUGUUAACUAAACAUCCAUUCAUAGCAAAAACUAGGACAGCAUUGCAUUGGGCAGCUAAGCAUGGUAAACCGGAAGUGUGUAAAUUAUUGUUAUCAAGGCCUGGUGUAGAAACUGACACAAGAUCUGUAAGUAACUAA